GUUUCACCGUGUUCCUCGAUUCCCCAUUGAUCGAACGAACGUUCCUGUUUUCGGCGGUCUGCCAUUGCCUCUUCUUCAUUAGCUUUCCUUUCCUUUUCCCUCCCUUCUCCUCCAUUUCCCCCCUCCCUCUCUCUCCUUCUUCAUUCUAGAAGGAGAGGAGAGAGAAACCAAGGGCUGCCCUGUCUAGCUUCGAUUGGCCGUCUUGAGAGAGAUUAAGAACGAUUAAACUACUAUUUAAUCGUUUUCUUUUUCCCUCUUUCUUCAAGUCAAACAACGGGAAGCCCCAAAGGCUGAGCCUAUAAUUGUUGUCUGUUUUUUGUUCUUUUUGUUUCGAUAUAUAGCCAUCCCCUGAUUUUCCCUUUCUCUGAAAUCUCCGAGACUCGGACAAAGUUUUGACGCGGAACCCAUCGUUGUAUUCGUCUUCUGUUCAACUGGGUUUCCUUCUGAUCGGGGGUUGACAGCUUCUACAGAAGAAAGGGAAUCCAGUUAUUAUGAGUUCGAACACGGCGUCAAGCUCCGGAGGCCCGGGAUCGAACGAUUCAUCGUCUAAUAGAAGGAAUUCGAAGCGACCUAAGUAUUCGAGGUUUACCCAGCAGGAGCUUCCAGCGUGUAAACCCAUUCUCACACCAAGAUGGGUGAUUUCCGCAUUCAUGUUAGUUAGCAUCGUCUUUAUCCCCAUUGGAGUUGCUACCUUGUUUGCUUCCAGAGACGUUAUUGAGAUAGUUGAUCGCUAUGAAACCGAGUGUAUACCAGAAACAUUGAGAGGCGACAAGGUUGGAUUCAUACAGAGCACUGCAAAUAAAACUUGCAGAAGAAGAAUAACAGUACCGAAACGUAUGAAACCACCGAUAUAUAUCUAUUACCAGCUUGACAAUUUCUAUCAGAAUCACCGCAGGUACGUGCAGAGCCGUAGUGAUAAGCAAUUGAGAGAUGCUGGCAGUGCGCACGAUACAGGCUCUUGCAAGCCUGAAGACAAUGCGAACGGGCAGCCAAUUGUUCCUUGUGGUUUAAUAGCAUGGAGUUUGUUUAAUGAUACUUAUAACUUCACCCUUAACAACAAGCAAAUUGCGGUGAACAAGCAAGGCAUUUCAUGGAAGAGUGACCGGGAUCACAAAUUCGGCAAGAAUGUAUUUCCCAAGAACUUUCAGAAUGGUACUCUGAAAGGUGGGAAGAGCCUUGAUCCAGACAAACCAUUGAGUCAACAGGAGGAUCUUAUUGUGUGGAUGAGAACUGCUGCUCUUCCGACGUUUAGAAAGUUGUAUGGGAGGAUAGAGGUGGAACUUAACCCGAAUGAUGUAAUAGAUGUAGAUUUGGAGAACAAUUACAACACAUACAGUUUUAACGGCAAGAAGAAGCUUGUGCUUUCUACAACUAGCUGGCUUGGUGGGAAGAAUGACUUUCUUGGCAUUGCUUAUCUUACUGUUGGUGGGAUAUGCUUCUUUUUGGCAAUGGCUUUCACAGUCGUCUAUCUUGUCAAGCCAAGGCGACUAGGGGACCCCACAUAUCUGUCAUGGAAUAGGAGCCCAGGAGGCCACUGAAACAGAAGCUGCUAGAACACGGUUUGUUGUUGUAAUUUUAUUUGUAAUAUUGUUUUCAUAUGACAAUUUUUAAAAAAACAGAGAAAGAGCAGGGGUGUAUGACAGAAUAUUGUAAUUGAACUUCUAUUUUUGCUUCUUGUAUGAAGAUGUGUGGGAGUAUCAGGUGAUAUGUAACUUCAAAUGCAGUAUCAUUAUGUUAAA